AGGAAGAAAGAGAGGGAGGGAGAGAGAGAGAAGAGAAACAGGAAAAAGAGGGGGAUUCUAUGAAUUAAAGGAGGGAGAAAGAGGGGGAGAGAGAAACAGAGGAGGGUGGAGGGGAUUAAGAGACAGGUUGAUAUAAAGACAGCUGCAGCGUCGUCCAAAACACUUCACCAACAACUGGACACAAAUGAGGAUGAGUUUCCGCAAAUCCCUGGUCACCUGUCUGCUCCUGUCACUGCUCCUGUCACUGCACCUGGACACGUCUGAAGGACACAUCACCUUCUUCAGCCCCAGAGAGAUGAUGCUCAUGAAGGAACGCGAGGGGAAGAAGGACAUGGAGCCUCGAUCUGAAGAUGGACAGUUUCAGGAAGUGAACCUUCAACAGCCAGAGAUCGAGCACGGAGCAACCCCAGAGAAGGCCGUGGAGGUCACCGUUCGCUUGUCUCCACGACAACUAGAUCACAUGGGUCCAGUUUUGGAAGAGUUUAUCCAUGAAAUCGUGGAGGAACGACAGAAAGCUAAAUAGACCCCGCUCCGCAGAUGUGGACAGUCUCUAUUUGAACAGAUGCUUCACAAAAUGAUUUAAUAAACAUAUAUUCUACAAAAA